UUCCCCUCCUCAGAGAGCUUGGGACACUCAGGGGCUCAGGAACAGCAGCCAUCCCAAUGACUAAGAAGGAAAGCAAACCAAGAAGCAGCCUGAACUCCCAUUGCUCUGUGUGGCAGCAUCCCAAACAGUGUCAGCCGGAUGCUGAGCAGGCAGCACACGAUUGGAUCAUUUUCCUGCUUUCCUGUGAGUAACCUCUGCCCUGUGCAAUGGAGCCCUGACCUGACAUCCUCAUCAUCUGGAAACCUCAUGGAGCUGGAGCACAGCACGAGCUGCAGGUGUGUCCUCGGAGCUGAUACUGCUGAGACCCACGUCUGGUCCAGGCUGCAGCACAGCAGUGAAGUGGCCAAUAUUUUGGCAGCUGAUUUUUCAUGGUGCAGAUAGCUUUUCAGCCCUGGAGAGACCAUCUCGUGAGCAGCACAGGAGCUCAGCCUGCAGACUCCAGACACUUCCACCAUGACUGCGGCGGGUGUUUUUGUGCUCCUCUCCUUCGCACUUUGCUGCAUCCCAGAUGCUGCCUUUGGGAUUGAGGUGGACUGCAGUACAUAUCCCAACACUACAAAUGAGGAAGGCAAAGAGGUGUUGGUGUGCAGCGAGGCCGUCAGCCCCAUCUGCGGUUCCGAUGGAGUCACCUACGGCAACGAGUGCCUGCUCUGUGCCUAUAACAUAGAAUACGGAACCAAUGUCAGCAAAGACCACGAUGGAGAAUGCAAGGAAGUUGUCCCUGUGGACUGCAGUAGGUACCCCAACACAACAAGUGAGGAAGGCAAAGUGGUGCUGCUCUGCAACAAAGACCUCAACCCCAUCUGUGGUACCGACUGGGUCACCUACGACAACGAGUGCCUGCUGUGUGCCCGUAACCUAGAGGCUGGAACUAGUCUUGGCAAGAAGAAUGACGGUGAAUGUAAGAAGGAAAUUGUCGCAGUUGACUGCAGUGACUACCCUAAACCUGUCUGCUCAGUUGACUACAUGCCUCUCUGUGGCUCGGACAACACAACAUACAGCAAUAAGUGUAACUUCUGCAACGCAGUCAUGGACAGCAAUGGGACUAUCACUUUAAGCCAUUUUGGAAAAUGCUGAGUAUCAGUGCUGAGAGAAUUCAUCACAGGAUCCCCACUGGCAAAUCCCAGCUAAAGAUCUCACCUCAGUUCAUCUCACCCUCUGGGGAACUCAGUUCACUCCUGACUUUCUUUCUCAAUAAACUAAAUCAGCAACAUUUCUUUGUCUUGUUUCAUGUGUUGUCUCAUGAAACAUUUGCUUCUGAUUUGUUGAAUGAUGAUGCCAGGCAG